AAUUUUUUUAAAAUAACUUCAGAUUUGUAAUCCGAGUAUUAAGUCUCAUGUAAAAAAAAGUUCCUUUUGUAGUUUCUGAACAAUUGGCCGCCAUUUUGGAUCCACCAUUUUGAAUUUUAAAAAUCUGUCAACAACGGCUCCAAAAAGCACUGAAAAAAAUAUAUCAUCAUAGUUUAAGUAUAUUUGGGACUAUAACCAAGUUUUCUAUAUCUGACCUACUAUGCAAAGAGACAAAUGUCGACAAAUUGUAACUAAACCAACAUUUAAUAAACAAAUGCCUAGAGAUUUUUCUACCAUUUCAAAUGACACAUAGUGUUCUUCGCGACUGAAUCACAAAGCAGGGUCUCAUUUAAAACUAAAUAUAGAAAAUAUUAAAAAUAUAAAUAAAUAACAAUAAAUUUCAAUAUCUUUGAAGACCUUUUAAUCAAAUAAUUAUCAAAAAUAUCCAUCUUGAUGAAAGAAUAUAACAAAAUUAAUUGGGAAAUAAUUUAAAUCUGUAAUGCACAUCUAAUCAAAAGGCUUUACUCGAAAAGUGAUUAACUACAAGUUAAUUGUAAUUAAAUUAUCUUGAUUAAAUGAGUAUAAAUUAGUGAACCUAGAAGAAGUAAAGCACAGUCUUGGAACGGAAAAAAAUUAAAAAAUGAAAUAUAUUGUGUUCUUUGGUCUGAACCUCCUGGCUGUUACCCAGGCUGCUGUUCUUGACUGGGACUUAUUGAUACCCAGAAUCAUCAACGGACAAGAUGCAAAACCUGGAGAAAUUCCGUUCCAGGUCUCACUUCAAACCAAAAAUCAAAAUUUCCACUUUUGUGGAGGUUCAAUUUUGACCGAGAACUAUAUUAUCACUGCAGCUCAUUGUGUUGUUGGUAAUAAAGCAGCUAACAUACAAGUCAUCGUAGGAACAUUAAAAUUAAGUGAACCAAAAUCUGUUCACCUCGUUGAACAAAUUAUUACGCAUAAAGAAUAUAAUCCACGUGAUGCUUGGAAGAAUGAUAUUGCUUUACUAAAAGUAAAGGAACCAAUCGUCAUGACUAAUGAAAUCAAACCUAUUCCUCUUCCUCAUCAUAAUGCCGUAUUUAAGCCUAAUCAAAAAGCAGUUGUCUCCGGAUGGGGUAGACUUUUGUUUAAUGGACCAACUCCGGAUCAUUUACAACGAGCUGAUCUUGUCAUUGCCGAUCAAACCUAUUGCGUGAAAAAAUACGCCGAAUUCGGUCUUAAUGUUCACGACAGUCAAAUUUGUGCUUACGAUCCUAAAGUGAUGAGGGGAUCAUGCAAUGGUGACUCUGGUGGUCCUUUGACUGUUAAUGGAGUCCUAGUGGGUCUAGUUUCCUGGGCUAAUGGUUGUGCCAAAACCGACUAUCCAACAGUCUAUACUAGAGUUCCAGACUUUUUGGAUUGGAUCGCAGCUCACGCGGUUUAAAUUUUUUAAAAAUAUUUGAUAAUCUGAUAAUGCCUAGCGAAAAUA